GCUUGCUCUAACUAUGUGUUUGUUUAUUGUUACUUCAGCAAUAUUUGGACUCAAAGUAACGAAUAUUUUCUGUUGACUGCCUACUUCUCUCUCUUCUAUUUAUUUGGAACAUAAGACGUUGAGAACUCCCUAUCAAAGUCUAAUUCAAUAAUUUAAAGCUCUUUAAGAGAGCGUAUUAGCUUUCUUUUGUCUAAACUCUGUCCUAUGUCGAAACUCGGAACAUGCUAUUUCGAUCCUCGACGGUAAAACAUGGGUCGGGCCCAUCUGCGAAUCUUCACGGCGAAACGGAAACAAAUGAAAACCCUCUUGAAACAAUUACUGAAACCAACUCCAGUACCUCGAAUGUACCCAAACCGUCGGUCAGAGAAGAGCAAACCAUGCCUUGGGCUUCAACGAGUUUACUUCAAAAAGAACAAGAACAAGAGAAAUACAAUGAGCUCCGAAAAGAGCACUUGAGAAGGUAUCAAAAUCUAUUCAAUACCUACAAUCUUCCAAAGAAGAACCUAGAGGAGGUGGCUAAUCAAUCGAAAGGGAAUCGGUUCAGUUACUAUAUCCAGGAUGAUACCUUUGAUAAAUUGAAUUCAUUUGAUGAAACCCUUCACCAAAGCCACGAUGAUGGUUAUGUAACUCCUUCAGGAUCCCCCACAAAGCUUAAGAGUACUCCUAAAAACCUUCCUUUUGUACCGGAGAUGUCUCUGGAUAAGGAACAAGCAGGCGUAUACGUCCAAGAACCAGCUGUUCUUGAAAAACAUUUUGAUGAAUCUUUUCAUACACCUUCUAGGAGACCCGUUUCCUCUAUCUUACCUUCCCAAGACCUCUUUUUUUCUACCCCACAACAAUCUCCAUCUAAAAAUGCAAACAAUUCCGAAGAUUUUUCUCCUAACUCAAGGACUUCUAUGAACCUUUUUUCAAGUCCAACUCAAGAUUCCCCUAAACGCAGCCCUUCCAAACACUCCUUGGGCAGAGCUAGCUUAUCUUCCCUUCUACGCCGUCCUUCCUCCUCCUAUUCUCCAAAAAAGCAGUCUCCAGGGAUUCAUCGUCGCUCUUUGACCAACUACUUCAAAUUUUCUCAUCGUGGUACCGUCCAACAACCUCCUCCCCUCGAUACCGUUUUCGGCAAGUCCGUGGAAGAUUUGAGUAAUAACUAUGCUGAAGACCUCUGCAAGUUUUUUUUUCAAACGAAUGAGCUGGCUCCAUUUCCUUUAUUACUUCCCCAUGUUUUUGCACAGUGCAUAUAUACCUUGUCAAUAAAUGCUCUUCAUGUACCGGGGAUUUUUCGAAUAAGUGGUUCAGGCCCGAUUAUUAAAGCCAUAAUGAGGCAUUAUUCAUCUCCUCCCCAUUAUUGGCUUGAUGAGACCUCCAGCAUAUUUCAGAGAAUCGGGUUCCCUACGAGUAUCGAUAUCGGCGGUGUACUUAAGCGUUUUAUAAUGCUUUUACCAGGAGGACUUUUGGGAACGAAGGAUGUGUUAAACAUGUUAGUUCCUUUGUUUUUAGACGAAUCGUCAUCUUUACCAUCAGAUGUGUGGGCUGAGUUGAUCGCCUUUGCUAUUGCUCAAAUAGACUCUAUAGUCCGCUUUUCUCUGCUUUGCAGUCUCAUGGCUCUUUUGCGGCAGGUUUCACUACGAACACAAGAACUUGAAGCAACAAUGGAAAACGUCAAAGAUUCCAGUUUAAUGAAAUCUGAAGCAUUGGGAAUUAUUUUCGGCCCACUAUUAUUAGGGAAUUCCAUUACGGAUCUUUCGAAAUCCAACCGAUCCUCAGAUUUCAAUAACCUCAUGCAUUUUGAGACGGAGAAAGCGAGAUUGGAAGCUAGAAUUGUCGAAGGAUUAAUAAAUCACUGGCCGGAAAUUAUGUCAAAAUUGACUUCAUUCAAUAUUCAUCAAAGCUUUCCCGAUUGUGUACUCUUAAAUUUAGUACCAAAUUUUCAACCGGCUAUUCCUCUUAUUGAAGAACCUGUCGAUUCUACUGCUGCUAAUCAAGAACACACAGCGGAGAAAUCGAUAACUGCGACAAGCGCUGAAUCUCAAAUUCCUUCCGAAGUUACCUCAUUACCGUCUGUUGCAGUCGAUUCAAAAAGUAACCCCAAUGAUUCCGGUUCGCAAUUUUCAACGACUGUUCCUCUUGCGUCUGCUUCGACGCCGCAUGUCGCUCAUAUUCAAGAAGAAAAUCUUCCUGAGCAAGAAAAAAUACCUUCACAAAGUGGCGUCUCUAAUGUUCAAAUUGAACCAGUAUACAGUCGUUCAGAACCGCUAAAUUUAUCUUCUCAAGCUGCGGAAUCGCAUAUUCCAGAUUCAAAAGAUAUACGACCACGGGAACUUAACUCAGCAGUUAGGCAUCAGCCAGAAACCCACAAUAAACAGCAAUCUUCGAACCUGAAGAAGAGUUCUAGGAAGAAAUCCUCAAAAGGGAAUUUUUUGACAAGGUUUUUUGGAAAAUUUAAAUCAGUAAAAAAGAAGCAUUAGAGAGAAUAGAGUAUGGCUAUACCUGUUUUAGAUUAUUUAGAUGUUGUUUUAUGUACAAUUUCAUUUUUGGGCAUUAUGUUAAUUACUAAUUCUUUUAUAGACA